AUGUUUCGGAGGCCUCUACCUACAGGCACCCAAUCGCCUUUGGGGAAUAAAGACCGAAAAAAGUUGCGUGAAGCUCUGCUGCGCUCCUUCCCCCUCCUCACCGACGAUGGGGUAGACACCCUACUACCGUCAAAGGAGACAGUGGUGUUAGCCCGCAUGAAUCUCCCGCAAGCCUCCCAGGCCGGAGGAAGCCCCCAGCAGCUGCCUGGGUCGCUAGCUCCCCUCAUGAGCGCCAGCAGCGCAAAUAAGUGCGCUCUCUACUUCAUAGGGGACCUCCCAGUAGUCUCGGAGGUGAACGGCCUCCUUUUCCCCACGAUUCACGGUCUCUGGCGCGUGCCGCACAUGCUGCCCUGCAUGCUGGUCUUCUCUCCAGUCUCUCAUUUCGUGCUAAAGGGGGCAGAUCUCAUGCUUCCAGGACUGUGCCGUCCACUGACGAUAGCAGCAAGCAGAGCAGUGGGGAUCGAGGAAGUCGCUCUUGGGAGCCUCUGGGCCGUUCGAGUCGUAGGGAACGCGUUGCCCUUCGCCAUAGGGAGGGCUGUCACGCGCGCGCCUUCUCUGGAGUUGCUGGGAGACAAGGGGAGGGCUCUAGAGCUCAUCCAUCAUCUCGGAGAUGCACUUUGGAAGAGCGGGAAGCAUGUGCCGCUGCCCCCCCUGUUUACGGCCCAUCAGGUUUUCAGCGGCAGUGACGACGCCGAGCUGCUCGCCUCCUGCGGCAUGGGGCCCCCCGAAGCCCUCCCAGGGGCCCUCCACCAGGGGGAACAGUCCGAGGCUUUCCAGGAGGGUCGCGCCACGGCGGAAGACGCCGACAGCAACGAGGCAGUCGCUCCUGACGCUGGUGCAUGCUCAGCAGCUGAUGAUGCAGACGAUGGAGGGCAGUCACCUUCAGCCUCUCCUGAAGCCGAGGCGUCUUCGAAGGCGGCAUCUGCGGCAGAACUCCCGAUGAAACCAGAGAAUCCGUCUACUUGUAAUCACCCGCCAGGUGCUCUCGACGGAGCUGGGGCUAUGUAUGCAGGGGCCCCCACAGGGGCCCCCUACAAGGACAUGUGUGCAGAGAGCCUUCCUGAGCAGCUGGGUGGCUGUUCUCACAGAGGCGACUGUUCGCCAUUCUUCUGCUAUUAUGGGUCACCCAGUGCCUUUCCAUGUGCCUCGUGGUUUGCUGCUGCUGCUGCUCAGGAGAUGGAUGCCUAUCUGAACCUGUGCCUCCUUGAGACCCUGCACAGCCUCUCCGACGAGCAACUGCCCCUCGACAUAUCCGCGCUGUACAGCAAACUGACAUCCGAGGCCCCGGCUGUGUUCUACACGCAAGUGGCGAAGGGCGAUGCUCCGUUCGUGGUGCCUGAUAUCCGCAGAUCAUCCGCGAAGAAGCUGGCCAAGUUUAUUCAAGGCGCCAGCAAGAAGAAGCUGCUGCAGACGAAGGAGCAGCGCGGGGUUGUGUCAGUGGUCAAGGUGAACAGGUCUCACCCGGAGUUCAUCAAGCACACCCCCGUUCCCGAGACGCAGAAACGGAAGCUGAUCGAAAGGGUUGCAGCAGCAUCUUCGGCCUCCUCACCCGCCGCUGCAGGAGCAGCAGGUGAAGAAGGACUCAGCAAAGAGACGCUCUCGCAGCCAAGCACAGUGCGCAGCGGUGACGGUACGUGGUUUCAAGAUCCUUGUGUACAGCAGGGCCUCCCCGCAGAGUGGCGAGGAGUCCAGCCUUUUCGUACAGCUGCCUGUUGUUUAGGUGCCGCAUGUCCUCCUGCGCGGUUCUGUUCUGUCGCAGGGCCACUGGUGUUCGAAUUUUGCGUCCCUCCUGCCAAGUGCUGCAAAGUCUUCGCUGCUGCGGGUGUCCAAACCGGGAAGUGCGCCACGAGCGCUCUCCAGGGGAGUAGAGGAUGCAGCACAGUGGCGUUGGACCCCCUUCUUGCGGAAGCGGUGCUGAGCAAAGAAGAGAGGAUUGAUGCGAAGGCGGCAGGAGGCGAGAUCCAGAUGAUGGAAAAGGCAGAACUAUACAAGAGAUGGAAUGAGACAAAAGGGCCCUGCUGCCCCGUGAGGAUUUCGGUGGAGGACAAGCAAGGCGGACGGAAGCAUGCAACGCACAUUUUGAAUGUCGUGAACUUUUUGUUGGACCCCAAGGCCAUCGCGGAGUUUUUACAGAAAAAGCUCGCGGCAUCCGCCUCAGUCUACGCUCCUCCAGGCUCUAAAACUACCUCUGCUGUCUGCGUUCAGGGUAAUGUUGCUGGACCAGUGGCAGACUUGCUGAUAUCGCAUUUUGGAGUCCCCAAGAAGUACGUCGAGGUGGCUACAAAGAAGCCAAAGUCGGGUCGCUAG